AUCUGCGUGCUUGUGACGAAACCCGCGAAAGCUACACAUCGGUCUAAACCACCACGUCGACUUUACUCGCCACUCUCGACUCCAAUUGCAUUCACUACCAAACAUCCGCAAUCAUGUUCAAAGCUACCAGGGCCUUGUCGAUGCAGCCGACUCGCAUGAUGGCUAUGCAGCCCACGCGCUUCAUGGCCAUGCGCCAGAGCCCGCAACUCUUCAUGAGGCAGACGCUUCAGAUGCGCAGGCCUGUGCCUAAGGAGGACCACGGCGCCCACACCGUGUCUCAGCGCCUCCGCCAGCUGAAGAACAUCCCCACUGAAAUUUGGCCUCUUAUUAUUGUCCUCGGCGUCGCCGUCGGCAUGGCCUUCUUCUCCAUUACCCGAAAGCUCUGGGUCGACAAGACUCUCCGCCUCAGGAGGCAGGGCAAGGAGUAGAUAUACUUCGAAAGGGGAUAUAUACAAGAUGAAGAUGGGAUAGGCGGGCUUGGAAGGGCUCCAGCAGGCCAUUGUGUAUAGGUAGAGCACUAAGUUGACAAUUGAUGCAUCAAGUUUCUUUUGU